AUGACUGGGCAGUUUGUACAUCUGACACCAGUUCAUUUAAUGGCAACAAGUGCAUCUAUUGGCUAUAAAAUGCCAGGUCGUCUUCGAACUUUGCUUAACCUGGUAGUACAGUAUGCACUGCAGGGAAGGUAUGAAGUGGCAGCACCGCUCUGCAAGGAAGCUCUGGAAGAUUUUAAAAAAAUGAGUGGACGCAAUCAUCCGGAUGUCGCAACAAUGCUUAUUAUUCUGGCCCUUGUUUAUCAUGAUCAAAACAAGUAUAAGGGGGCAGCCAACUUAUUAAACGAUGCAUUACAUAUACGUGAGAAAUGUCUUGGUGAAAGUCAUCCCACUGUUGCAGCAAUACCUGAUGAUGUGGCGGUGUCGUAUGAGAAACAGGCAGAUUGA